UGCGAAAUCCUUCAAAGCCUCGCGGGCUCCUCGGCCUAGGUCGACAGGUUCUGCGUCUCUCCAUCAACUACUCUUACCAAGUCUUCAUCUCAAUCGCUCAGCGAACAGAUAAGCCGGUUGCACCGCACACAGCUCGACUGCAACAUCAAUACCACAAGGGUCUUAGGGAGGCGACCUUGAUACGAGUCCAGCUGGAGUGCUGUUUGCCACAAUGGCGCCGUUACUCAACCUUCCCCUCGAGAUCACGCAUCAAAUUCUUUCCGAACUCGCAGGCCCCAGUCCAGAGCCAGGGCUGGAUAUGUUCCUGUCGCAAGACGAGCCCCAACUGUUCGACGCCGAUCGUCUGAACCUAGGACUCUCGUCGAUGGCAAAGCUCUGCCGGACAUGCCAUCAACUCCGGGAAUCAGUCGAACCGCAACUCAACCGCUUUGUGUAUAUUCAAAACGCGGAUGCUAAACAUCUACUUUCGAUUCUCAGAAAGUGGAACGCCCGGCCCCAUUGUGCCGAGUAUACACGAUUCCUCGCGAUCAGAGCAAAGCAGCCUAGGAGUUCGGUAGCACUGGAGAACAUCGCUGAUCCGGACCUUGUUCUCGUUUCGAAUCUCGUGAAACAGCUCAACCUUCAACUGCGAAGCGACUGGUUCGAAUUCUCUUGGCGUGUGGAUAUCCUCAUUGAAUUGGUCAUGUUCAUGGCUCGAAACGUACAAUGGAUAGAUGUUUCGUUCACGCCCAAGAAAGGAAUCUAUCGAGGUUCAUUUGAUUGGCUUCGUGGGGUAGACGGAAGCCCCGUGAGCAUUCGAUUCAACCAUCUACGGCAUCUCAAACUCUUUCAAUCGGGCAGUCUCACCAUGGACGAAAUUCAACCCCUCAUCGACCGCGCCCCGAAUCUCGAAUACCUCUACCUGGACACUGUUCAGUUUACCAGUCACAAAAACAGACUUCCGACGAGCCUCACGGGCCUCUGUCUCACUGGCUGUUCGAUCACACCGGCCAUCUUCGAGUCCGUAACCACGGACAUGGACAAUCUCUGUCACCUCAGAUACGACAAGACAUCCCUUCGACAGCAGAGCCCAAUGAUGAGAGCCUUCGCAAAGCACGGCACGACAUUGAAAAGCCUUCUUGUCUACUUUCACUUAGACUCGCGGCUUGAAGUUGAUCUGCCGCUGGACUCGUUCAAAAGCCUCGAGUCGCUCACUACUGACCUGCGAAGCUUUGGCCAAGGGGGUGGCUCGCAGCUUAUGAGGCUGCUCCCAUUCUCCCUGCGAGAGUUACGCGUGGUCUCUUUUGGGGGCCUUCAGAAGCAUCAACUGUGUUAUUUUGCUGAUGAACUGAGCGACCGAGAAAAACGGCUAUCUAGACACUUGUCUGUCUAUAUUGAUGGCGCCGAAGGGAUGUUUGAUUACCAUCGUCUUCGCCGAGACAUGACAGGUUGAAAAAGACGGCAAGCGACGAAUGGCCCAGUCUCUUUAUCGAUUUGAUGUACUACAGUAUUGUUUUGAGAGACAUAUAUACGUCCAUCUCCGCGCCCCUUUUCUUGUUU